CUCAUUCAUCCUGCUUCACCCUUCCAGGUUGGUCGAUGCUAGCAAUGCCAUGAGUCAGUAGCGACACUAUUUGCCCGUUGCCAUGGCCGCCAAAGAGAAGACGCAAUGCUGUGGCCGGAAGUGGUGUGUUGGCGAUCCUUGCGGCAUUGUAUGCGCUGUGAUCACAUGGCUUCUAAUAUUGUACAGUCAGUUUGUGGUCUUCCUUGUGUUGCUACACUCAUUCGAAGAGCACUGGCUACAUACUGCGUUGAAUUUUCUGUUAUUUGAGAUGCUAACCGUGUUGGCACUUCUAAGUCAUGCAAAAACGAUGCUUACUGAUCCUGGAUCCGUACCUAAGGGCAACGCUACUGAAGAACACAUAGAGCGACUACAAGCUGCAGAGGAGUUCAAGGUCAUCUACAAAUGUCAGAAAUGCUGCAGUAUCAAACCUGAUCGGGCACAUCACUGUUCUGUGUGCGAUCGAUGCAUUCGUCGAAUGGACCAUCACUGCCCAUGGGUUAAUAAUUGCGUGGGCGAGGCGAAUCAAAAGUAUUUUGUGCUGUUCACGAUGUACAUCGCUUUGCUGUCAUUUCAUGCGCUUUACUGGGGUAUCUGGCAAUUUGUGCUUUGUGUUGGAAAAGAAUGGCACAGCUGCAGUAAUCUCGGUCCACCAGGCACAACGCUGAUGUUGAUCUUUUUGAUGUUCGAGGCUAUUCUGUUUGCCAUAUUCACAUCAGUCAUGUUUGGUACGCAGCUAUCAGCAAUUUGCAGUGACGAAACUGCAAUCGAAUCACUCAAGCGUGGAAGUGAGGAUCGUCAUAAAGUGAAAUCGUGGAAGAAGAAUAUGCAGUCGGUGUUUGGUGGACCUUGCUCGAUACGAUGGUUGAAUCCUUUAGUGGAACCGUACGUUAGCAAGCCAGCAUUUGAGUAUUCAGUUUAGUCAUUUGAGAACGAGUAUCAUUGGACUGAACAUAUGAUAGUAAAGACUUAAUUUUUGCCUUUGUUAUGAAGAACGCUAUUUUUUGUCUUCUUAAAUCAUAACGGUUCAGCUUCUGCUUCAAGUUUUUUUCCAUCUUUGGCGAAUAUAUUUCUUAACUUGCUUCGAGAGUGCCAAUCGUAUCUCUUGUAGCCAUGACUUAAAUUGGCGGCUGCAGGGACUUACUUCGAUCUUUAGCUUAUGAUUGUCCAGUAAUUAAAUCAAAGAUUUUCACAAAUUUGACGGGUUGUAAGGAUUUAUCCGUUUGUUAUAUUGUCGUUUCUGGUCAUGAUUGUAAAGUAAAUGUGAUGGUUUGUUAUAAACGCGUUCCUUAUC